UCCUCUUGCCGCAGCCUUAUAUCGAUGGCGGACUCGUCGCCGCCGCUGUGCUGUGCAGCCGACAGCCCGCUCACUCUUGCUGAUGAUGCCCUCGUACGAAUGUUCGGAUCUAUUGCUUCUGCGACUCCUCUACGCCACGGCGCUUGGAAUACCUAUGCUACAUACGCUGCGCGAAAGUGUGGAAUCGCACCGCAGAACUGGAGAAGCGAAUGAUGGAGGAUGGGAUGGUGCAUACAGUCGAGAUAGACAGGCCUCAUAUCUGGCGUCUGUGCGAUGUGCAUAGCGCGACAUUCCAUGCAUCCUCGCACCGACAAGCACCACACUCAUCCCUCCACCACCACCACCACCACCACCACAGAAACAGAAACAGAAACAGCUUCUCCAUCUCAGCCUCGGCAGCAUGCUUUCCCUUCCUUUCUGGACCCCCUCCGUUCGCGCUCUGGCUCAUGAUCGGAAUUCCAGAGUACUACUAUCAUAGUACAUACGAUGGAGUCGGCCCACCGUAUGCUCACCCGAGUGCUCCUCCUUCCGCAAGUUUCAAUACUCGUCACGCUCUCAACCAUAUCCCUAUCCAUGGUCCUUCCGGAGCAAAUGUUCUUCCGGGCUUAACCAGAGUACCACUGCUUCCGGCAACCGAUCAGGGGAUCAAGGGAUCAAAGGAAGAAGCGAUUCGAGUCUCGGGAACUUUCUUCCGCCGCCGUCUUCUGGUAUUAACCCAAGCCAUGUGUACAUAUCUCGCUGCCCUCGGCUUAAUACGAGUAAUGCGAGCAACACAGGCGUUAGAACUUACAUGGUAGGGAGCAAGUAACGGCUCCGACAAUGGCGACGGUGACGGUGACGACCGCAACGCUCUCAUGGGUACUGGGAAUACACACCGGCGCCGGAAAGGCCGAAAACGAUUACGGUACAUCUGUGUCCUCCAACCAACAGAUCGGGAACCACGGCUCAGCGUUGUGGAAGGUGUGGGAUCCUCCUUCCCGGAUUUACGAAUC